AUGACUUGUAAGAGCGCAAUGUGGCGUGCGGUAGCUAGGCAUAUCGCCCUCGGACACCGUCUGUCGUGCACGCGAGUCGCGUACUCGAACAAUCGCUCGCGACGUUGCCGCCACACCGCUCUCUCACCGUACCGACCAGCCCGCUCGGCGCAGCACAAAGUGCAAGUCAGAACCGCGCAAGACGGAGCAGUUGCGAAUAACGAGGUGCGCGUCAUGUCGAACGGCGUAAGCGCGCAGAUUUGGGUGGCGCCAACUGGCGAUGCGGACGGCGCGUGCGAUCCGGCAGGGUACACGAGUCAAGGCACGCUACCGCCAACGUGUACGCUAGCACUGCGCGGGGCUUUCGCCUCAACGAUCGUGGUACGAGACCCAGUUUGA